AUGCGGCCUGGUGACCACAGGGCCGUCGCUGCCACGCAGGUCCCGCCACAGAGCCUGCAGCUGGGCGGGGGUGGAGACGGCCAUGGGUGGCCCAGGCUGUCCUGUGAGAGGGCUGGGCAGGCCCGCAGGAGUGGGCGCAGGGCCCGAGCAGUGCAGGACCCCCUCUGUUGCAGGCACGAGGAGCUGGACCGCCUGGCCAGGGAGAGGGACCUGGCGCUGGCGGCAGUGAGGGACGCCCAGGCGGAGCAGCUGCAGGCGCUGGAGGCCGGGGCCCGGGAGCUGCAGGCCCGGUGCGAGGCCCUGGAGGCCCAGCUCCGCGCGGCGGCGGGCAGGCAGGCCGACGUGGCCAGGGAGAAGGACGCCCUCAUUGAGCGGCUUCGUGAGGAUGCGCUGGCGCUCAAGUCCGGCUGGGAUGCCCAGGUUGCCCAGCUGUCCCAGGAGAUGGUCUCCAAGGACCUACAGGCGCAGGCACUGCGGGAAGAGGCGGCCUCGCUCCGGGCCCAGCUGGCCGGGAGCCAGCAGGACGUGGCCAGGUACAGGCAGCAGCUGGCCCUGGCGGCCGGCCGGGAGCAGAGCCUGCAGCGGGACAAGGCCCAGCUGGAGCUGGACUGGCAGCGGCGCUGCGACGGCGUCGAGCGGGACCUGCACCUGCGGGCAGAGGACCUCGUGCAGGCGUUGAGUUUGGCCAGGGACCAGCACCCCACUCGCCCCGAGGGCUCCUCGCAGCCCUGGCAAGAGAAGGGACAAGGACCCCCGUGCCCCGUGCGCUGUCCCCACAUGGGCCACCCGUGCGGGGAACAGCUGGGAAAGAGGCCCCCACCCAGCACCGUGGCCUCCGGCCUUGCUGAUGCGGGGUUCAGCCGGUAG